UUGAGUCAUAGAAGUGAUGGUUGGAAGGAACCUUUAUCUCCUAUAACCCUCCUCCUUGAAGCAGGAUCAUCAAUGUUGGAUCAGAUCAGCCUUGGUUUUGUCUAGCUGGGUGAUGGAAAACCUUCAAGGGCAGUUUCACUGCCUAUUUGGGUGUGAUGGAGGCAAUAAGAGUGUUGCUUGGCAUUGUCUGUUUCCUGUAUGUGGAAAAGGGUACAGGGGAAAGCAAGGGGGAGAUACUGUCUGUGACUCUUUAGGGAAGAUUCCAAUUGCAGAACAAGAACCUAAUUAAAUACAGGAGAAAACAGGGGUGUGCCAAGGCUGCAGUGCUCUAUAACUAGGAAUUUCCUGAUAAAUUAAAACCUCUCUAUUUUAAUGAAGACCUCAGUUUUAACCUCAAUGCCUAAAAGACACUUAUGGGGACUGCACGCAUGGGGUGUGUGGGAGGAGUUGGUACUGAGGAUACUGGUUUUAAGAAGGUUAGGGUGAUGUAGCUCAUAGCCUGCUAGCUCGUUACUGAGAUUUAGUUAAAAAGAGGAUAGUCUCUGAAUCAUAAGGAAAUGCAGCAUGAUCCUUGGAAAGGCAAAAGAUGUUGAAGGCCUUUGAGGAGAGGAUGAACAGGAAAAACUCCUGGAUGAAGCCAUUCAGGCUGUGAAGGUGCAGUCUUUCCAGAUGAAGAGAUGCUUGGACAAAAACAAGCUCAUGGAUGCUCUGAAACAUGCUUCCAACAUGCUUGGUGAGCUGCGGACUUCUAUGUUAUCUCCAAAGAGCUAUUAUGAGCUCUACAUGGCAAUUUCUGAUGAGCUGCACUACUUGGAAGUCUACCUGACAGAUGAAUUUGCCAAAGGAAGGAAAGUGGCAGACCUUUAUGAGCUAGUACAGUAUGCUGGAAAUAUUAUUCCAAGACUGUAUCUCCUGAUAACAGUAGGUGUCGUCUAUGUCAAGUCAUUUCCACAGUCCAGGAAAGAUAUUUUGAAAGACCUGGUGGAGAUGUGCCGUGGAGUACAGCAUCCUCUUAGAGGCCUCUUUCUUAGGAACUAUCUCUUGCAAUGUACCAGGAAUAUCUUACCAGAUGAAGGCGAGCAAGCAGAUGAAGAAACCACUGGAGACAUCAGUGAUUCAAUGGAUUUUGUGCUGCUGAACUUUGCUGAGAUGAACAAACUUUGGGUGCGAAUGCAACACCAGGGCCAUAGUCGGGACAGAGAGAAAAGGGAGCGAGAAAGGCAGGAACUCAGAAUCCUAGUGGGAACAAACCUGGUUCGCCUCAGUCAGUUGGAAGGUGUUAAUGUGGAGCGAUACAAGCAGAUUGUUCUGUCUGGAAUAUUGGAGCAAGUUGUAAACUGUAGAGAUGCUUUAGCUCAGGAGUACCUCAUGGAGUGCAUCAUACAGGUUUUCCCAGAUGAAUUUCACCUCCAAACCUUGAACCCAUUUCUCAGAGCCUGUGCUGAGCUGCACCAAAAUGUGAAUGUGAAAAAUAUAAUUAUUGCUUUAAUUGACAGGUUAGCUUUAUUUGCACAUCGUGAAGAUGGACCUGGUAUCCCAGCAGAUAUCAAACUGUUUGACAUAUUUUCACAGCAGGUGGCUACUAUUAUACAGUCUCGCCAGGACAUGCCCUCAGAGGAUGUGGUAUCUUUGCAAGUUUCUCUCAUUAAUUUGGCUAUGAAAUGCUACCCGGACCGUGUUGACUACAUUGAUAAGGUGUUAGAGACAACUGUGGAAAUAUUCAAUAAACUUAAUCUAGAACAUAUUGCAACAAGCAGUGCUGUUUCAAAGGAACUGACUAGACUUUUGAAGAUCCCUGUUGAUACUUACAACAAUAUCCUGACAGUUCUGAAACUAAAACAUUUUCACCCACUCUUUGAAUACUUUGAUUAUGAGUCCAGGAAGAGCAUGAGUUGUUACGUGCUUAGCAAUGUAUUGGAUUGUAACACACAAAUUGUGUCCCAAGAACAGGUUGAUGCUAUCAUGAAUUUGGUAUCCACGCUGAUCCAGGAUCAACCAGAUCAGCCUGCUGAAGAUCCUGACCCUGAGGACUUUGCUGAUGAGCAGAGUCUUGUGGGAAGAUUUAUUCAUCUCUUACAUUCAGAUGACCCUGACCAACAGUAUCUGAUCCUAAACACUGCCCGGAAACACUUUGGUGCAGGUGGAAACAAACGUAUUCGUUUUACACUGCCACCAUUGGUUUUUGCUGCAUACCAGCUUGCUUUUUGCUACAAAGAGAACUCCGAAGUGGAUGACAAAUGGGAAAAGAAAUGCCAGAAGAUCUUCUUGUUUGCUCAUCAGACCAUCAGUGCUCUGAUCAAAGCAGAACUGGCAGAGCUGCCUCUCCGUCUCUUCCUACAAGGAGCACUGGCUGCAGGAGAGAUUGGCUUUGAGAAUCAUGAAACUGUGGCCUAUGAAUUCAUGUCCCAGGCCUUCUCUCUAUACGAAGAUGAAAUCAGUGAUUCAAAAGCACAGCUGGCUGCAAUCACCUUGAUAAUUGGGGCAUUUGAGAGGAUGAAGUGCUUCAGUGAGGAGAACAAUGAGCCUUUGAGGACUCAGUGUGCCUUGGCAGCCUCUAAGCUCCUUAAAAAGCCAGACCAGUGCCGGGCUGUGAGCACUUGUGCCCAUCUGUUUUGGUCUGGCCAAAAUACUGACAAGAAUGGAGAGGAGCUUCAUGGAGGAAAAAGAGUGAUGGAAUGCCUAAAGAAGGCUCUGAAGAUAGCAAAUCAGUGCAUGGACCCCUCUCUGCAAGUCCAACUUUUCAUAGAAAUUCUGAAUAGAUAUAUCUACUUUUAUGAAAAGGAAAAUGAGGCAGUGACAAUUCAGGUUUUGAAUCAGCUGAUACAGAAGAUAAGAGAAGAUCUCCCAAACCUUGAGUCUACUGAAGAAACAGAACAAAUUAACAAACACUUUCACAACACGCUGGAGCACUUGCGUCUGAGGAGGGAAUCAUCAGAAUCUGAGGGGCAAAUUUAUGAAGGUCUUGUUCUUUAGGAGGAUGCACACUGUACUUAUUUCUUUUUAUUUACAUACCAUGUGUUGGGUUGUUUUUGUUUUUUGGUUUUUUUUCUUAAGAUAGAUUCAUAGGUUGCGCCUUUCAGAAAUGUCAAGUUAACAUUCAUGUGUUCAAUCUGGCACUUCAAACACUUGCGUUGAGUACUCUAACAAAUUUGAAAGGUUGGAGCAGCAACUGCAGGUUUCAUCAGUUAGUAUGGCUGAAACUUUCUUUGAAAUCCAUGUGACAUGGUAGGGCUCUUGAGGUUCUGAUUUCUCUUCUGUCCACUGUUGCUUCUGUAGCACUAGAGUUCUAAAUUGGCAGUGACUGUCAUCUGAAACUCUGUCUGAUCCUUAGAGAGCAUCAGAUUUCUGGGAUUAUUGUAAGAUUCUGCUUGUGCUUUUCUUUUAAUGCAAGUUUAAGACUAAGUGUAAUAUUUUUCCCUAAAAACUACAAUAUAUUAAUGCAUGUUUGGAGAAUUUUAAAGUACCAUGUUCAAAACCAGAAUUUAUAUUUUGCAUAUUAAGGCUCUGACAUUGAGUGAGGGCCAGUACUGUGCACAGGGCAUAUUUAUCAAGAUAACUUUGUUCCAAAUAGUAUAAAAAUAGAGAAAUUGCAAUCUAUAUAGACAUGUAUAACCUUCAUUACUGUAAACUUAGGGGAAAAUGUAUUACACAAGUUUAUUCAGUAUCAUGAUUUUGCACCAGUGAAACAAUAAAGUUGCUAUUAACA